AUGACGCCAGAACAGCUCGAGAUUCUGCUCCAGCAGUAUGGCAGUAACGUAUCUCAGGAUGACUACGACGAAGCGUCCGAGCCGGUAGGCGUGCGAGAGGACAGAGUCGCAAGGCUUGCGCCUGUCCUGAGGAUCUGCCAGGAGGCUUGGGCAUCUAGGUCCGACGAGCUGGAUUUGCUGGCACAGAAGCUUGGGGAUGGGAGCAGAGAUGUCGCGUGGCGCGUGCCAUUGGGUCAGUCUGGCAUUUUGGACCUAUUCCUGGAGAUAUUGGCCGAGGACGGGCUCAGCCAGGGACUCAAAGUCCACUCUCUGCGCUUGAUUGGCAAUUCAUGUGCCGACACGGACGAGAACCGUGGGCGACUGGUCGCCGAUAACCGACUCAACUCGGUAAUCCGCCAGCUGUCUGACGAAAGCCUCAUCCCAUUCACGAUCCCUGUGCUGUACAACAUUAUGGUGGACUAUGAACCCGCCCAGAAGCUAGGGUCACAGUCUCAACUGAGUGGCAAGCUGAUAGGGUUGCUCUCCUCGCCCGUCUUGUCCAAGUACGUCGCCUUUGUACCGUACUUUUGCAAGAUUCUAGCGCUUCUGGUCUCUCAGGAAGGGGAACCGGCGGCUGCGGACCCUGCGACUGUUGUGACGCUCCUGAAAUUGGCCAACAACCCGCCGUUCAAGGAGGAUGCUGAUGACUUCAUGGCACUCACCGGCGUGGCAGCUGCAUAUCUGGCCAGCGAGGCUUUUCAGUCGAGAAUAAUCUCCGACAAUCAGAUGGGGCUCUUCAUGGACGCGUUCACCCAUGCACACGCAAACAUUGACCCCCAGCAGCUCGAAGACCAGGACACCGCUGCCCAAGUGAAGCAGCUGCGAACGGCCCUCAUCACGACGCUUGCUGACCUGUCUGCGAAUGAUGCAUUCUCAAAACAUUACCAGCUGUCUUCGCCAAUAUCACAAAUCCUGCUGUCUUGGAUUAGGGGUAGCACGCCUCUGCUACAGGCGGCAGGCUGCUUGGCGCUGGGUAACCUCGCCCGGUCUGAUGAAGUGUCUCUUGGACUUGUCCAGCGCGAACAGGUCCAUAUCCCGCUGAUCCAGCUUCUGUCGAACUCGGAGACCACAGACUCGCAGCUCCUUCAUUCGGCGCUAUCAUUUCUCAAGAAUCUCGCAAUCCCAGCCCAGAACAAGCCAUCACUCGGAGACCUGCUGAGCCCAACUUGCGUCCCCCGAAUCUACUCCAUGGACACGCUCCCGCAGGUGCAGUUUGCGGCAGUCUCUCUCACCAGACUCCUUCUCGUCAACUGCCCGCAGAAUGUUCGCCGCAUUUGCACGCCCCUGAGCGCAGAUCCAGCGAGCCCGAACCACGAAAGGACAAGCGUGAGCGGCAUAGUGUCCCUGUUCGACAGGUCGGACGCCGAGCCCACACGUCUGGAGGCAUCCCGUGCCAUCGCCGCGCUGUGCCGCGUUCUGCAUUCGGCGACCCCUUUGUCGGAUAUCCUCCCUGACUGGGAAGAGGUGAACUUCUCGAUGCCUGACGAUGCUGCCGCGAAAGCCCCAUCUGAAGGCGAUCAACCGAGCCAGUUUUUGCGAUCGGACGACGAAAAGCGCCGCGGUCAGUUCUACCAAAGGCAUGCCAUCGACAAGGCCCUGGCUUUUCUCGUCACGCAGCAAAAGUGGCCAACGCUGCGCUCGGAGGCCUGGUUCGUGCUUGCCCUCAUGAGCCGUUCGAGAGACGGCGCGGCCCUCAUCAUCAACCUGCUGCUCGUGUUCCCUUCGAUGAACGUACUCAUGGAGACAAUCACGGGCCGCAAGGGGCAAGGGGACGGAGCGGACGACACCAUGCAGCUUCAGGCCUCGCUGUCCGCUGCUUCGGUCGAGCCUGGUCUCUCGGCGCUGACUGCUGGACUGCAGCUGGAGCCGCAGCAGGUCGAUCCCAAACAGCAGGCCAGCAUGGCAAAGAUUGACAGGGAAAAUGCGCUGAUCCUCUGCACGGAGCUGCUGAGAAAUUGGGAGGAUGCGCUGCCGCCAUUGAGGUUGAGCCUUCUGCAGGACCUGAUCAAGGAAGGAACGGAGUUGGUUGCUGCAGAUAGAGCCAAGGCCUAG